AAAAUGUGCUCAUGUUCUGAUGUGUUGGAUCAAAGGUGAGGCUUUGGAGCUGCAGCCUGAUCUGGACGUGAGCGAGAUCCCAACCGUCCGAAAGCCCAGUAAAGACGCCGCCUGGCUUGGACCCAAAGAGAGCGCCGUACGCCAGCACAGGCAGGAGAUGAAGACAAAAAUGAAGACCAACAAGGUGGAAGAGGUGAGACCUACUCGUCCGAAACAGACUCAGUGUCAGCAGGAGCUCGACCAGGUCCUGGAGAGGAUAUCCAAGAUGCCUUUCAGAGAUAACCGAGGUCCUCUGGAGGACCUCUAUGCACUGCACAUCCCCAACUGUGACAAGAGGGGGCAGUAUAACCCAAAACAGUGCAAGAUGUCGCUCCACGGUCAGCGGGGUGAGUGCUGGUGCGUGGACCCCCACACCGGCCAACGCAUCCUGUCAGCUCCAGCUGUGAGGGGUGACCCCAACUGCAGCCAGUACCUGAGCGAGCUGGAGCUGCCCGACGCCACCCAGAUUUAACGUGGCCAAGAGUUCAAAAUAAACUAAACUGUAAAGUGCUUGGGAACAACCCGAGUAAGCUAUAAGCUAUAUGUAUGUAUGUGUCUGUUUAUUGGCAGUUACAUCUCAUAUCUUAACUUCCUAAAAAGGUUUGGAUGGUAGUCACCAACUUGUUGCUGCAGACUACAGUAAAUCUGUCACAUUCUUUUUGUGUUUUAGAGCCAGUGAUUAUGCUUUACUAACUGUAACAAUGCUCAGAGUGCUUUGUUAUCAGUGUUUUGUACUGUUUGAAAGAAUGGGAAGCAUUCAGUGUGUCAAAUGUUUUUAGGUGUCUUUCUGUGCUCUCACUUGCAGACUAGGAUUUUGAGUAUGCCUCAUUUGUAUUGCACAGUAAGUAGUAAGGAUCUGACAUGAUAAAGUGUUAAUACAAAAUAAAGUAGAAACCUGUCGAAUCUGUAA